AUUCAAUGAAAGAUCAGGCUUCCAUGCCUUCUCUCUAUUCUCUCCAUAAUCUCUUAGUUUCAUAAACGUUAUCAGCACGAUUUCUCUAUCUCUCCUCGGUCUCUGUCUCUCUGUCUCCUCCGCUCUUCAGCCUUUAGCCACUGUUGAAGAUUAUUAACUCCUCCAUCAUCUAAAAAUGAAACAGAACGAUCCACCGACACUCAUAACAAUCCCAUCAACCACAGCCACACCAUCGGUCUUCAGGAAGGACACCUCACCUUCUUCUUCUUCUUCUCCAUCAUCCAAAGGCAGAAGCUUUUUGGACAAGACUCGCUACAAGUUCUGGGUUUUAGCUGCGAUUCUCCUGCUGGCUUUCUGGUCCAUGUUCACCGGAUCCGUUACCCUCAAGUGGUCCGCCGGCAACUUAACUCGCCUCUCCGACGACUUAGACCUUCCAUCCUUCGACGAUCUCGAUAUUCUGGAGGUGGAGGAGAGAGAGAAGGUGGUGAGGCACAUGUGGGAUUUGUACACCCAGAGCAGCAGAAGUAGCAGCAAUCGAUUGCCUCGGUUUUGGCAGGAGGCUUUUGAAGCAGCUUACGAGCAUUUGAGCAGUGAUGUUGCCCCUGUUCGAGACGCUGCCGUUUUGGAGAUUGCCAAGAUGCCUCUUUCUUUAUACUAAUAUCAACUGCAACUCUUGAUCAUAACUGGGUUUCUUUACUUUUGAUGCCUGCCUGCAUAUCCUCCUCUUUAGUUGUCCUUACUUUUAUUUGGGUUUCUUUUCCUUUCUUGCUGACUAACUUUGAUUUCCUUGCUGGGGUUUUACCGCAAACAAAAGGAAUGUGAUGAAAUUUCAUUUGGGUGACAACAACAAUUGUACUGGGAGGCUCAUUCGUGUUGUCAUUGGCAAAUGAAGCUCGAGUUUUUAGACAUCUGGCUGGGUUACUUCUCUGGGAGUGCAGGUUCAAUGUAUGGUAGCACCCACCGAAAUGAUGAGCUUCCCACCAGCACCCACAAAACAUGAUAAAGAACAGCACAUUCGCUGGAUAACAUAUUAUACACCGUAGCAAU